CCCCCUCAAAAUGGCGAACAUUGCCGCUGCAGCUGCCGCCGCUGCCGCCGCGGCUGCGAAUAGAGACCCGGCGGUCGACCGUUCAUUACGCUCGGUGUUCGUGGGAAAUAUUCCUUAUGAAGCAACUGAAGAGCAGUUGAAAGACAUUUUCUCCGAAGUCGGACUUGUUGUCAGCUUUAGGUUGGUGUAUGACAGGGAGACUGGCAAACCCAAGGGAUAUGGUUUCUGUGAGUAUCAAGACCAGGAGACCGCACUCAGUGCCAUGCGGAACCUCAACGGGAGAGAGUUCAAUGGUCGUGCGCUGCGUGUUGACAACGCCGCCAGCGAGAAAAACAAGGAAGAGCUUAAAAGUUUGGGUACUGGAGCCCCCAUCCUCGAGUCUCCAUUUGGGGACAACGUGGCACCAGAGGAGGCGCCCGAGUCCAUCAGCCGGGCUGUGGCCAGUCUACCGCCUGAGCAAAUGUUUGAACUCAUGAAACAGAUGAAGCUGUGUGUGCAGAACAGUCCUCAGGAGGCGAGGAACAUGCUGCUGCAGAACCCUCAGCUGGCGUACGCCCUGCUGCAGGCCCAGGUGGUCAUGCGCAUCGUGGAUCCAGAGAUCGCGCUGAAAAUGCUCCACCGCCAAACCACGACCCAGCCGCUCGUCUCGAGCGGACAAGCGGCCGGAGCCCCGGCGGGGAAUCCGCCGCCUGCCCCGCCCAACAUGGCCGCCCCUCAGCAGCAGCCUGUGGUUGGGAUGCACGUGAAUGGAGCGCCUCCGAUGAUGCAACCUCCCAACAUGGCCGUCGGCCCCGGACCUGUACCCGGACCCGGUCCUGCACCCGGAGCAGGGCCGGCACCGGGACCCGCCGGCCCUCCAGCAGGGGGCGCCAUCCCCCCCAGAGGUCUGCUGGGCGACGGCCCUAACGAUCCCCGAGGGGGGAGCCUGCUGUCGGUCACCGGAGAAACCAUCGAGCCCGCCCGAGCCUACAUGGGGGCGCCUCAGCCCCACCCUGCGCCGCCGGUGCACAUGGGUCCAAUGGGCGCUGGACCGCCGCCCGACAUGAGAGGACCACCGAUGGACAUGAGGGGGCCGCCCAUGGGAGAGCCGCGAAAUAUGAUGGGGGACCCCAGAGGGCCCCCUAUGAUGGAGCAGCGGGGACCCCCUAUGGAAACCCGAGGCCGCGAUCCCAGAGCGAUGGACGCCCGCGGCCCCGCGGCGGGCCAGAGGGUGCCCAUGGUGGUCGGAAUGCAAGGCGCCAUCCCGCAUCCCAACAUGGGGCCCAACCCGCCACUCGCCCCACGGCCGGGACCCGGCAUGCCAGGAGUUCCUCCGUCAGGAGCUGGGGGAGGGGGCUUCAGCCCGGGUCAGAAUCAAGUUUCCACACAGGACCAGGAGAAGGCCGCCCUGAUCAUGCAGGUUCUGCAGCUGACCCCGGAGCAGAUCGCCAUGUUGCCCCCCGAGCAGAGGCAGAGCAUCUUAAUCCUCAAAGAACAGAUUCAGAAAACCACCGGCGCACCUUGAAGGAUUGUGGACUCACGUUCUGGCCUGAACAGUCAAGUUUGGAUAAAUGUUUUUUUUUUUUUUUUUUUUUUUUUUUUUAGCUAUAUAUUUUCUUUUUCUGCAGUCCCCCAAAAAAGUGUGUAGGCAAACAUCACAUCACCACAUCCUUUUUUAUUUUUUAUUUUUUUCUCCCCCAUGUCUCAACCACCAUCAGUAAUAAAAAAAAAAAAAAAGUUACAAAAACAACUUGAUCACUUCAUUUCUUUCAGUAUCUAGACAACAGUCAUGCAAAUGGAGUUCUUCAUUUAAAAGGAGUUUCAACACGACCGGCGUCGGCUCGAGUGGAUCAUUAAGCGCGCGCUCGACUUUUUGCUUCCUUCUUCCUCCUCGCGUCGGGGUCGGUGUACGACUCCCGCACGAGGAUCCUUUGACAGCGCGCGGCGGUGACUCACCGCUUUUUGUUUAGCGGUAAACGCGAGGGUGUGAUCGCGGAAUCGCAGCUCGUCGGAAAUAAACGCUCUUAUUUACAAAAGAAAGUGCAUGUUUGCUUUAUUUACACGGCAUUGAUCGCGCGACAAGACUAACGUCGGGAAAUUCCAAACGGAGGCAUUAACGUAACUGCUUUUUCAUGCAAAAUAAAGUAUGUACAUUGCAAAAAAAUGUAAACCGAACCGCAACAUUUGGUGUAAACGCGCAGAUUGCAACAAAGGACGUCAAUUUAAUCACUGGGCAUCACAAACUCGGUGAAGCAACCCACUGGAAACUUUCUUUUUUUUUUUUUUUAAAUCUAUCAUCAGAGAAGCACAGCAAAAGGGAUUUUGGAGUGAUGCUUUGAUACAUAUGUUUACCAUAAUUCCCGGCCUUCAGAGCACACCUGGUUAUAAGCCACAGUACACAAAGAGUUUAACGCUAGCGCUAGUGUUCAACUGUGUGUACCGAGGCUUAUAACCAGGUGCGCUAACACUCGUGCCGCGCUAACCCCUGCGCCGCAACACCGCAUAAACUGCAGGGUUGAAAGCGUGUGGGGGGAAAAAAGUCACGGCUUCUAGGCCGGGAAUUACGCUAAUAGAAAUAUUCCGAUUUUUUUUUUUUUUUUUUUUUCUGUAAUUUUUU